UCCCAGACUACCCUGGGCGCGGCGCUGGCUGUUCGGCCACGUCCCCGGGCCACGUCGCUCCUUCAUCUCGCCAUUUUCGCCGCUUUCUUUAGGGGCAGCAGCUAAACCGCCGCCGCCUCCGCCUCCUUUCCCAGUCCCUCCAGUCGCCACCGCGCUCCCUCUCAGCCCGCCCCCGGCUUUGCUCGCUCCUGCCGCCGCCGCCAUGAACAUCUUCCGGCUGACCGGGGACCUGUCCCACCUGGCGGCCAUCAUCAUCCUGCUGCUGAAGAUCUGGAAGACCCGCUCCUGCGCCGGUAUUUCUGGGAAGAGCCAGCUUCUGUUUGCACUGGUCUUCACUACUCGUUACCUGGAUCUCUUCACUUCAUUUAUUUCACUGUAUAAUACAUCUAUGAAGCUUAUCUACAUUGCUUGUGCAUAUGCCACUGUGUACUUAAUCUACAUGAAGUUUAAGGCUACGUAUGAUGGAAACCACGAUACAUUCCGAGUGGAGUUUCUGGUUGUCCCUGUUGGAGGACUUUCAUUUCUAGUCAAUCAUGAUUUCUCUCCACUUGAGAUCUUGUGGACCUUCUCAAUCUACCUUGAAUCAGUUGCCAUCCUCCCACAACUUUUUAUGAUCAGCAAAACUGGGGAAGCCGAAACCAUCACCACUCAUUAUCUUUUCUUCCUUGGUCUAUACCGUGCCUUGUAUCUAAUUAAUUGGGUUUGGCGCUACUAUUUUGAGGGUUUCUUUGACCUCAUAGCUGUUGUUGCUGGUGUGGUCCAGACUAUUCUCUACUGUGACUUCUUCUAUUUGUAUGUUACAAAAGUACUCAAGGGAAAGAAGCUCAGUUUGCCAGCGUAAGUGCCAAAGACCAUCGCCAGCAUCUGUCCUUCAGGAUGUUUGGACAGAAUUCUUAUCACAAACAAAGGCAUAAGAUGCUUGAGACAGAAAAUCAGAAACUCAACUUUUUUAUUGCAGAUAGUCAUCAGCGGCUCUGUAAGAACACAGAGGAAAGUAAACCAGCGGAUUUCUGUUUUAUGCAUCUUGCCUUAUCUUUUUUUUAUUACUAUGUACAAAGAUUUUUUUACAUAAAGAAACUUAAUGCUGUAUUAAUAAAUUCAGUGUGUAGUUUCAAUUGGAAUAGUUCCAAAAGUGAGGUUUUUGUGAGGUUGUUUACAACCAGGAAUAAGUGCAAACUUUUUUAUUUUCAAGAAUUCUUUGAAAUUGCUAACUUUGUGUCUACAAUGAAAUUGUGCUACUAGGCAGUUGGUAGAUCAUAUAUUUUUCCUUCAAUUCCACUUGCAUUCCACUAUAUUUAUUUUUGCCAAAAGAUGAAUUAUAUUUGUUAAUUGAAGUCUGAGAUACCAACAUGGAAAGUGAGAAGCAUUAUGUUCAGUAUCUCUUAUACCACCUAAUGUGAAAAUGACCUUUGGAAAUCACAGCUGUACCAUUUAAAGUUGACAAGGAUAAAUUGAUUUCUAGGUAUGUAUUUUUCAUUACCAAAAAAAAAGAAAACCUUAAGUUGUGACUGGAGAGAACAAUCUAUUAUUGGAGACAACAAAGACACUGCUUUGAUGAGAAAAGACUUAUUUAGCUCCUAGAUUUAAAUUGGUAGUGGUUCUUAAUUAUUUGGUUUGUGAUACAUAUAUCUGUUCUUCAUUUGGUGGAUUGAGAUAAGAAGCGUAUUAAUAAUAUUGAAUAUAAAAUGCUCCCAAACUUUAUUAUUGCACCUCUACAGAAUGGACUGUUAAUUGUUGAUUGCAGUAAUCUAUAGGCAGCCCAUUUUAAAUGCUCUCUGUUUAUAAAGAGUAAAAAAGUAAGUAUUCCGAAAUGAAUAUUUUUACAAGUAAUAUCCAUAUUCAGAUUCAUUUGAUAUCACUUUUGAGGGAUUAGUUAUGAUUUACAGUUGUGUUUUUAAAUUGACAGCACCAAUUAUCAUUCUUUAUAUAAUGACUUUUUUUUUUAACUGAGCUGUUGCAUGACUUACCCUGUGUUACCAUCCAAAAUAAACAUUUUAUGAAACACAGAAUAAACUGUCUUUGUUUAUGAAUUAAACUUUUGGAGCAUUCUGUUUAAAUGAAUUUAGGUGUUUUUUUUUUUGUUUGUUUUGUUUUUGUUUUUGCAACAAAAGCUCUCGUGGUGUGAACUCUUAAAGGCCAUUUAAUAAUUAUACUUGCUUUUUCUAUUUUGUAAAAAUCCUAGAUUUGUUUCCUUCUGGUUUGCUGUUGUAUUUUGGCAUUGCUUCAUUUUGAUUUAUACAAAAAUUGAUGUUAGAUUUUUAUGUGAUGCACCAUAAAUAUUAUAAGUGUUGAAUACUAACAGUACUUAACUACAAGAAGGACAUAGUUUUGCCUUCUGCACUAAAAUUAUUUAGGGGAAUAUGCUGAUUGGGUUUUACUUUGUGUAAUGUUCUUUUAGUGUCACUAAACUAGCAGAACAGCUGCUUAGUUAUGAAUCUCAUACCUUUUUGCUCCUCCACAUUGUUUUUUUUCUUCUCCCUUUUGUAUGCCAGUUCUUCGUUUUCCUGCUUUCCAGCUUUUUUUUUCUUUCUUGUGUUGUUUUUUCCAUCUUCCUUGGAGUGAUUCUGAGAGGAUAGGAAAGAAGCAAAAGAAUAUGAUAUAUGUUUGACAGAAUAUCAUAUAUUCACUAUGAAAUAAUUCAUCUGUUUUCUGCAUCAUAAGUCAAAAAAGAAAUGGAAAUAACCAAAAAUAAAAAUAUUUGAAACCUUGGUUAGUAAAUGAACUUAUUUUGAAAAUUAAAAUUCCCAUUUUGUGAUUUAUUAUAAUGGAAUGACUAUUUUAGUUACUGUUCCCAGGCUGUAAUAAAAUUAGGUAAGAUUGGAAUAACAUUUUUCAAAUAAAUGUGUUUGGGUUGGGAUGAAAGCUGGGGAAGAAUUCUCAUUCACAUUGGAAAUUUAAUGCAUCUUCUGUGAUAUAUCUUCUUAAGCACUAUGUUAAAAUAGCUACCUUGCCCUACUGAAUAAAGUUUAUCAGGUAAUGUAAUA